UCCAGAGUAAAGACACUAGACGCAAAAAAAAAUAUGGAAAACAAGUGUUGCGGUGACUGGAACUUCAGCGGCAGCCAUGCGGCCAGGGAAGCCUCAACUGCCCACCUAGGCUUUUACACCUCUAAAAUCUUGGCUCAGUGCGAUUUUGAGAAGACCAUUUAUCCUCCUCUAGGUGAACCCGCUUUGGCUCACGAUGUGGCUGAAAAUGCGGUUGUUCAAGCCGUCAAGAACGGCAGAGGAAACGCUUAUGCUCCUAGUAUAGGCCUUCCAGCGGCCAAACAGGCCGUAGCAGAGUACCUAAACCGUGAUCUUCCAAAGAAACUGGCACCAGAAGAUGUGUUUAUGACCGUUGGGUGCAAACAAGCCAUCGAGCUUGCGGUUGACCUCUUGGCUAAACCAAAAGCCAACGUCCUGAUUCCGAGCCCUGGCUGGCCAUGGGAAGUAGCUCGAUCCAUCUACAAGAAACUUGAGAUCCGCAAAUAUACGUUCCACCCCGAAAAGAACUUUGAGAUCGACUUUGAAAGCGUCCGAAAGCAUGCGAAUGAGAACACGUUUGCAAUAUUUAUAAUCAAUCCUCACAAUCCCAAUGGGAACACCUACUCCAGAGAUCAUCUGGAGCAGCUUGCUUACUUGGCCAAGGAACUCAAAAUAAUGGUGGUUUCUGACGAAGUUUUUCGAUGGACUGUGUUUGGGAAUAAUCCCUUUGUUCCCAUGGCGACUUUCUCGCAUAUUGUACCCGUGAUGACACUUGGGUCCAUAUCGAAGGGAUGGUGUCUCCCCGGAUGGCGAACUGGCUGGCUCGCCCUGCACGACCUAGAUGGUGUCUUUAAAUGCACCGAGGUCGUGAGUGCUGCUAAAGAAUUUCUUGGGAUAACUUCUAAACCACCAACUGUUAUCCAGGAGGCUAUUCCUACCAUCUUGGACGAGACUCCUAAAAGUUUCUUCGAUACUAGGCAAAGCUUUCUGAGACACAAAGCGGAAUUGGCUUAUUCUAGGCUUGAUGACAUACCUUCCCUUAAAUGCGAUUUUAUACCUGAAGCAUGCACCUUCCUAUGGACCAAACUGAUUUUACACAAGUUUGUAGACAUUAAAGAUGAUGUAGACUUCUGUGAAAAGCUUGCUCGGGAAGAAAACCUUGUCGUUUUGCCAGCUUUAAGAUCUGUGUGAAAUCGGAUCGGAGAAGAGAUGACGGACGAACACAAACACAAACACGACGAACCUGUAACCGCUUCGGAGCCAGCUGUUGAGGUUGUGGAGAGGGAAUCGCUGAUGGAC